CCUGCAGAGCCGAGGGCGGGAGUGUGAAUGAGGGGCUGGCUGCGAGCGCGUGUGUGGGCGGAGAGCUCGGAGGAGGAUCGAGGGAGGAGAGCUCCCGAGCCAGCGUGGAGGCCCCGCAAGCGCCAGCGGUGAGUGUCGCCCAGCAUCAGCAUCAGCAUGAGCACUCUGCAGUCAGCUGCAUCGGAGAGUCCUACAGAGGGCGCCAGAGGCCCGGCAGGGAAGGCUGCAGUAGGCGUCCGGGAGAAGGGCCCUCGGCUCUGCCAGCGACUGCCCUCUAUUGUGGUGGAACCCACUGAAGUGGGUUCUGUGGAAAGUGGGGAGCUGCGCUGGCCACCUGAGGGCACCCAGAGGAGUACCCCUCAGAUCCAGGCUGCCGCUGUUCCUUCCUCGAGUCCACCAGGACCACCAGGGAAGGCAGCAGAUCACGACGGCACUGAGGGCGUCAGCUCUGGGCACUAGGCAUUCCCUGGUCCAGUAACAGAUAAGGGCGUGGCAGGCUCUGCUCUCUGACCUCUGAGAGGGCCUUGAUCCCAGGACGACUGGCUGAUCCACAGAAAAGACUGGGCCCACCAGGACACCCAGCUCACCAAGCUUCCUGUCUGGCUAAGUGUGGCCAGGACCUCAGUCCCUGACUUUGUGUUCCACGGUCCAGAUCUGGAGUAUACCCCUCUUUGUCCAGUGAUUUGAAGCAGAAAUAAAGACACCCUUCCCGGUGGCCAUGGGCACCCUUGGUGGGUACUUGAGGUGCUGAGGACAA